AUUGAUUUUGCAUAAGCAUCUAAAGAAAAGGUGUGAAAAUUAAAACUUCUAAAGGUAUGCUUUACAAUAGUCUAAAAGAGGUUUUCUGCUUUCCUAAAACUUAUUUUUGAAUAAUGUUCUAAUAUUCUUUGAUGUAAUGUCUCAUAAGUAAUUAGGUUUACUACAAUAACACUCUGAGGGCACCAAGUCAUUGCACCUGGCCCUGGGGACUGAAAUUUUGAUUUCUCGAAAAUACAUAGGUAUAUCGAGCAAGUCAGGCGUUGGCCUGUCUCCGGCGCCGCCCCGGUGACGGUGGCGACGCCUGGGGUCAGCUACGCUCACAGCAGGGGGCGGGGCCGCCAGUCAUCGGCCGGACUGUGUUCCCGGCGGCGCCAGACACUCCUCAAGGUCGCCAGCAUUAACCGACGAACUAUUGACUGAGCUGGAGCGUGACACACCGCGCCCCGCGGUCCCAACCACGCGCUGAGGAACAUGGAGGUCACUGAGAGAGUCGCUAACCCCGCCAAAUACCGGGUGCACCUUCACAUUCACCUGGAUGGCGCCAUACGUCACUCGACCAUCUGGGAGCUGAGCAGACAGAAGAAUUUACCGCUGCCUGGAAAUGGAAGCCUGAGGGAGCUCGAAGAGACUAUGAAAAUUCGCUCGCCAGUGGACUUGGCAAACUACCUAGCCAGAUUCAAAUGGAUCUGCCCAGCAGUCAUGGGUGACCUAGCCGCGAUCGAGCGCGUGGCGUUCGAGUUUGUCGAGGACGAGGCUGGUAGCGCGGUGCUGUACACGGAGCCGCGGUUCAGCCCGCACCUGCUGGUGGGCGCCGGCGGCCAGGUGACGGCCCGCCAGGUGACGGAGGCGGUGCUGCGCGGCCUGGCGCGCGGUCAGCAACAGUUCGGCGUCACCGCCCGCCUCCUGCUCUGCUGCGUUCGUGGGUUUUCCGAAUACUACGACGACGUCUUGGAGAUGUGCACUGAGUUCCGGGACAAGGGAGUGGUCGGAAUGGACAUUUCGGGAGACGAGGCAACCGCCACGACCGAAGACGGCGACAUGCACAGUUCUGAGCAGCUACUGCAGAGGGAGAUUGCACUGUUCCAGGAGGCGGCCCGCCGCGGGAUCCACCGCACCGUGCAUUCAGGGGAGGCGGGCCCCGCCUACAUGGUGCAAAUAGCGCUCGAUAAGAUGCACGCCGAGCGGAUCGGUCACGGCUACCACGUGCUGGAGGAUGAGGAGCUGUAUAGACGCUGUAUCAAGGAGCGCGUCCACUUCGAGUGCUGCCCCUCCUCCAGCCACCUGACGGGCUCGGUACCGCUCACACAGACCAAACACCCUGUUCAAAGAUUCUACGAAGACGGCGUCAGUUUCUCGGUGAACGUGGACGACCCGACCGUGAUCCAGGGGAAUAUGGAUAGCGAGUAUUCGCUGAUGCGCCGAAUGGGCUUCAACGAGGCCAUGUUUGCUACCAUGAACUUCAAUGCGGCCAAAGCAUGUUUCCUGCCCGAGAAUGAGAAGAAAGAGCUUUUGAAGAAGAUUUGUAAGGCAUUUGGAUUCCCUGAAACGUACUGAAGAGCGGUUGCACUCGCACCAGAGGCACGUGAAUGGCUCAUGAAUCCGUAAAUCGAUUCAACAUUGCUCAUGAAACGAAUAAAUGACGGCUAUGUCAGGCUAUGUAUGAUGAUUCGUGAUGAUUCAACGUUGUGUGUCUACAUCCAGUCAUUAUCAAACUAAGCCGGUCAAACAUGAUUUUGAUUGAAAUACACCUGUCAAAAACAA